AUGGCUUCAGAACUUACGCAUCCCUCGUACAAGAUAGUGCCUUAUCAACCCAGAAACAUGGAUGGGCCUUUCCCCUACACCAAAGCCGAGCUCACGCCUACAGACCGCUCACCGGACACUGCUUUCUAUUCGCAGCCGCGUUUUGUCACGCACAUUGACGACAACGCUAUUGUGUCACUGAAGGAAUACUACGAUUCAGAACUCCCACAGGAGAGUGAUUCACAGUCUGUCGACGCCCGCCGUCCUGUCCGAAUUCUGGACAUUUGCUCUUCCUGGGUUUCGCAUUAUCCGCCACGGAUUGUGAAAGCUGCCUCAGCGUUCUACAGCCCAGCCAGUGCUGCAUCGACUUAUAGUCCAAGAACCGAAGAGCCGCCUCCAUCCCAGACAGCUGCUCCAAAGAGCUCUCCCAUUCAAUGUUACGGCACGGGUCUCAAUGCCAGCGAGUUGGCUGCAAAUCCAGCCUUGAAUCCGACCGCGUCUGGACGUGCACGAGACGGCGAGGCUGUUGCAGAGAAGCGCUGGUGGGUACAAGACCUGAAUGACGAGUCUGAAUUGUCACCUCCGGAGCAAUUGAAAACGUCACUGGGCAGGCAGCCAGAAGAGUCGCCGACGAGUCCAACGCAAUAUGGACUCUUUGACGCUACCACGUGCGUGGUGUCUAUUGACUACCUGACCAACCCCACAGCGGUACUGAGAUCCAUCCUUGACCUUACUGUUCCGAAUGGGACCGUCCAUCUUGCCAUCAGCAACAGAUGUUUCCCAACCAAAGCUGUGAGGAGGUGGCUCGAGAUCAGCGAGCAAGAGCGAUUGGAAAUGGUAGGGGACUACUUGUGGUGGAGCGGCUGGCGUGAGAUCGAGAUCGUGGAGGUCGUCGGGCAAGCGCAAGGUAGUCGAUGGAGUCUGAGCUCAUGGAACGACCCGCUUUGGGUGGUAAGAGCUCGAAAAGUGGCCGAAGACGCACCUCGCAGCACUGGUACCGUCACCACUUGA